AUGAGCACAACAUCAAGCCCUACAACAACAUUAACCGGUGAAGCUUCAAAGUCCAACAUUGAUAAUCCUCCAGAUACUCAUCGUCGAUCCAACAAACGUACUCGACAAGAAAAUGGUGUGACAAGCUCCAAGUUCAAAGGUGUCGUGGUCCAACCAAAUGGCAAUUGGGGUGCCCAAAUUUAUGCGAAUCACCAAAGGGUUUGGCUCGGGACAUUCAAAACAGAAAAUGAAGCAGCCUCGGCUUACGAUAGUGCUGCCAUAAGGCUACGAUGGGGAGAUGCCCACAAGAACUUUCCAUGGACAAACGAGACCCGACAAGAGACUCUCUUCCAAAAUCAUUACACAACCGAAGCAAUUCUUCAAAUGAUCAAGGACGGCUCAUAUUUGAUGAAGUUUUCCGAUUUCUUAACUAGCAAGAAAUCUCAAGAAGAGAGAAAAACAACAACAAACAAUGAGUCGAGGAAUGUUAACAACGGGUAUGUCUUUCGAACAUUAUUUCAAAAGGAGUUGACUCCAAGUGAUGUUGGCAAACUAAACCGGCUAGUGAUACCUAAAAAAUAUGCAAUAAGAUAUUUUCCUCGUACUUCUGGGGAAGAAGACGAAGCUGACGAUACUUUACUUAUUUUCUUAGACACGUCAAUGAGGACGUGGAGGUUUCGAUAUUGCUAUUGGAAGAGUAGCCAAAGUUACGUUUUCACUAGAGGAUGGAAUAGAUUUGUGAAGGAGAAUAAGCUCAACGAGAAAGAUAUGAUUAUGUUCUCUAUGUGUGAAUGUUUGGAAGGACCUAAUAAGGGUCAUAAGUUUUUCAUGAUAGGAAUUGCUUAUGGCCCUCAAAUAGAUCGCAAUCAUGAUUUUGGUAUAACAAAUCACUCUAUAAUUGAACCGGCUUAUCAAGGUGAUGAACCAAAUAAUGGCGAUAUCGAUAUCGAUACAAUCAGCGAGAAGAAGGAAAUAAACCAGGUUUUAGGAGACGAAGAGACGAGGAAUGAAGAAAAAGGUUUUAGGCUAUUUGGGGUGGAUAUAAUAUAG